AUGCUUAUGGUUUCUGAUGAUGUUCGUACGCCAGUAAGAUAUGGCACCAGCAUAAACCAUGCAACAGACAGAGUUCAUUACUGGAGAGACUUCAUCAAACAUUACUCCCAUCCUCUCUCAAAAUGGAUAGAUCUGUGGCCAUCAAACCCUCCAUGCUACAAGGAAUCAGUGGGGAAAUACGCAGAAGCAACGCAUGUGCUACAUAACCAGCUAAUGGAAGCUAUCUCAGAAAGUCUAGGACUAGAGAAACGUUACUUACAAGAAGAAAUCGAAGAAGGGUCACAAGUCAUGGCAGUGAACUGCUAUCCAGCGUGUCCAGAGCCAGAGAUAGCCUUGGGGAUGCCACCACACUCAGACUUUAGCUCACUGACCAUCUUACUCCAGAGCAGCCAAGGGCUUCAGAUAAAGGACAGAAACAACAACUGGAUCUGUGUGCCGUACAUCGAAGGAGCUUUGAUAGUGCAGCUGGGAGAUCAAGUAGAAGUGAUGAGCAAUGGCAUAUACAAGAGCGUGGUUCAUCGAGUAACAGUGAACAAAGAAGUUAAUCGCAUCUCUUUUGCUAGUCUUCACAGCUUGCCUAUGAACAAGAAGAUAAGUCCAGCACCUAAGCUCGUGAAUGAAGACAAACAAGCUGCUUAUGGAGAUUUCAGCUUUAAUGAUUUUCUUGAGUAUAUAUCAAGAAACGAUCUCACAAAGCAAAGAUUCAUUGAAACAGUCAAGAAGAACAAGUUCUGA